GGAAAGGGGAUCUAAGGUUUGUUUUGGAAGGGGGAGGUAUAGUACUCCUGGCGGCGUCGGCGCAGAACAGGUGCACUGCUCUAGUGUGCUCAUGCUAUGUACCAUCAAGGAAUUUGGAUACCAAAGGUGAAGAGAUUAACAUCAAGAAGAAGUGGUCAAGUGUGGGAAAGAGUAUCAAAGAUGGGGUCAUGGAAGAAGUUGGUAAUGAUGAUGAGUUACAAUUAGGCCAUGAAAUUAGGGUCACCAAUGGUGGCAACUGCAGUAGUAGUGGGACUAAUGGGCCUCACAUGGAACUAAUUCCCACUCUCAAGAGCAAUCUCAAGAAAGCUACUGCUACUGAUGAAGAAAACCAGUUAAAGACUCAAAGGAGGAAAGUUAGUUGGCCUGAUGCUCAUGGUAAAGAUAUUGCUCAUGUUCAAGAGUUUGAACCAAGUGUGUCAGAUGAUGGAGAGCUAGGAGGAGUUAGGAACUCUUGUGUUUGUGCAAUUCAAUGAAGCAACAACAUUCCCAAGUAGAGUUCAGAUAUGCAAAGAUGAAUCAUAAUGCAGUGAAAGUGCCUGCAUCAUAUUUGACAGUGCUCCAAAAACUGAUUAACCAUAAGGGAUGCAUUAUUGCAGACAGAUUUGUGAAGUAGGUAGGUUUUUUUUCUUUUUACUGUUACGGAAUGCAUUAAAAAUGGUUGCCCACUAGAGUCUUCAUUGUUCAAUCAAUGUCUUUUAAAUAUGAGGCAUGAGGAGAGGGGCAGGGCCCCCUCUCCAUUGGGGUCUGUUGGCUGCAGAACUAAAGGAAAUUGGGUCAUGAUUAUUUCAAAAA